CCUCCUCUCCUUUCUCACAGUUUCCUGCCUGAAUCCCGGGAAAGAAGUCGCCUAGCCAUGGCCUCAGGCCUGCCCAGUGUUGUAGUGUUGGUUUUAUGUGUGGUUCUGGCUCCUUCUGUAUCGGGGGACAAGGACUGUGACGACUACUAUGAUGCUUCCAGCGUUUACCACCCGUCCCAGACAUGCACCCAAGGCUUUUGCUGCGGCACCUGCUUCGACAGAUACUGCUGUAAGGAUAGUUUCUACCGGAUGACGGAGUCACGACUAGAUGCCUGUGACGUAUUCACACAUCAUAAUUCCACAUUGUCCAUGGUCCUCGGUAGUACUGCAUUUAUCAUCGUUUUGUUCAUCUCCAUCUGCUGCUGUGUCUGUCCCUGCUGCUGCCUGUACAAGAUGUGCCGUAAGCCAAGGCCUGUGAUAGCUACUACCACCCACACAGUGGUGACCACCACUCCUCAGAAUUACCCCCAGCAGCAUAUGGCACCAGCCGGACAGCCCCAUAAUUUCCAGGGGGGCCAGUAUCCACCCUACCCCGCCGUACCAGCCCAACCAGGUUAUGGAAGCCAGCCUAUGCCACAGGGCUACGGGACUCAUCCCCCACCCUCAAUGCAUUACCAGCCACAACCUUUCACACCGGGACCACCACCACCUACAUAUCAAGAAGCCACUGAGUUCGGUCCUGUCUACCCGAACAGCCCGAUGUCUUACAGCCAGGCUGCGUUCGCCCCUGGCCAGCCGCCGUACCCUCUACAGCCUCCCACGCAGCCGAUGCAUCCGAUACAGCCCAAUGCUCCACCCGCCCAGCCGGACUUUCUUGAGCAGCCAGCAUACAACCCAAGUUACGUCGCACCGCCACCCAAGAAUGGAUAGUGGACCACAGUGACACAAUCUCUGCCCCUUUUGAACGUGCUGCAACAUUUUGGAACUGGGCAGAGCUGGAAAUGCGUAACGUUGAAUAAAGAUGCGAGUCGUUACUGAGCAUCUUGAUUCAUGUGUUUUGGUGGUCAUAUAUGAGAAUAUUACAACAUAUUUUCAGUAGAUGUAUUGCAUCUAUUCUUUUGGUAGAGCUGCCAAGUGAAAAUGUUGAUACCUCUUGGCUUGUAUUGCAUGGACAUACAAUAUACAAGUGGUGAGAUUUUAUUUUUUAUUUUUAUUUUUUUUUACAUUUUCUUUGUGGCUCUAUCUUAGUCAUCUUGGUGAAUUUAACAUUAAGCCACUGAGUCUGAUUUUUAAAGAGUAGAUGGAGUAGCUUUGUCAUUUUUCUGCCUUCUGAACAUGCCUCAACAUCUUCAUCCUAUUAUGGGUCUAGACUGUAAAUGCUGAACUCGCCUGAUCUCUUAAUCCAUCUGCAGUGAUUGGAGUCAGACUCAGUGGUCAAACUUUGGAGGAGUUUUGGUAGUCACGGUCAAAUUGUCUUUUUUCCCACUGUUAAAGUGCCUUGAGCCUUUUUUCAUACACUUUCUAAUGUUUGUUUUGUCCCCAGUGCUUUUGAUGGUGUACAAAGCAUUGUAUGUGUUAUACAUUCCCACUGAAGGAUUUAUGGUGGAUGUGAUUCAUGUCAAUGCCAAGGAGUGAAUGUGCUGUGUUCAGGGAAAAAAAGGUUUUCUAAUAACCUUCUAGAAAAAGGGAAUGUUCAUCACGUUCUAUGCAACCUGCCGAUAUACUGUAGCAUGUCAGCUCAACAAACUAAGCCAUGCAUGCAGGGAAAGUUCACUUUAUUCUUAAUGUGUUCACGCAGAGGUUGAUUUUACAUGGCAUUUUUCUUUUUCUUUUUUUCAUUUUUGCUCAGAUUUUUCAUUCAUUUGUCCAUCUGUACACGUGAUGAAAUGCAUCGGCAGCCUUGAAUGAAACAACCAAAGGAGAAUUUUUUUUAUCAGUCAACCAAACAUUUCUAUAAUAGUCCACAAAAAAGAGACAUGGCUAUACUUGCAAUGCAAAAACAAUUGUGCCUUGUUAACCGUGUGUGAGGUUUUUUUUUUUAAUCAAACAAAAGUGCAUUUUAAUAUCUGUUUGUUUCAGAUACUGUUGAGUUAUGUUCACUCAGCUUUCAUUCACUUCAGACAGCCACCACCAGACACCAUUUUACCAUGUUCAGCAUUGCUGCCAUCAGUCUAGUCUAGAUAAUUUGUGAAGCCUUUCAACUUUCUGUACAUGUUACGAAUCUUUAAAGGUUGUCAUUUUCUUACUCAGUAUUUUGCUGAUUGCCUUUUCAUUUUAAAAUCUUUUUUUUCUGAAAGCUAUUGUCACAUUCACAUUUAUAACUGUCAGGUUUGAAAAAGUAAGGUUUUUGUUUGUUUUCUUUUAACUAAAAACUUAACCAAGAAGCCUUCUUUGUUCUGCUCUGCUUUGUCGCUUGUUCCUCUGUGAUAAAACCAUCACUUCUGCUUUCUCCUGAUUGGAAUUACUUGAAAAUAGCUUUGCAAAAGUGACCCUUUGUUUUCUUGUGACCAAACUGAAGUUGGAGAAGUACAGUCAGUCACAGUUCAUGUGACAGGCUAGACCUUGAUCUGUCCUGUCACAUGAUCAAUGUCCAUGUUAGAAAUCCCUGAUUUUUCUACUUCCCGUAAUUAGACUUUGGUAGUGGUAAAAGAAGAUAGUAGCUAAUAUAUUACAUUACAGUGUGUCAUUAUGUUUUCAUCUUGGGUAUGGGCUUCAGAAUGACUUUCUGCCACAUCUGGGCUGUGGUUUGUUUUAUCCACUGAUGUAUGACCACAUGUUAGAUAAUGAAAGGGGCCUGAUCUCUCCACAUAUCUUUGUAACAGUUUGUGAGGAAUGUACAUGCAUGUGUUUCCUACAUCGACCGAGCGAUUCAUCUGUUGUAGGCUUGCCUUUUGUAUGAAAUCUUCCUUCAUGAAAGUGAACCCUUUAUUUCACCACUUUUGGCCCGUUUUAUUCUUCAAAGUGACUUAAGUCAGGAGUGUUUUUAUUUGUGUGGAUUAUAGCUUAUAUUUGUCAUUAAGAAAUGUCUUUGUCAUUAAGAAAUAAUUGAAUAUAUGUACUUUUUAUUUUGUUAAAAACCCACCACAUCACAUUCUGUAGAGUUCAAUAAAAUAUAUAUUUUCUGUU